GUGAUAUGAUUUAGUUUAGUCAAGGAUGACACACACACACACACUCUCUCUCUUCUCGGAGUAUCACUCUUUCCAUUUUCUUUUUCUCUUUUCUCUUUAUUGAAAAAUAAACCAAUUGUAAUGAGUACUUUGCUUGCCCCUUCUUCUCUUCUGACGUCUCCUCCACAACCCCUUUCUUCCUCUUCUUCAGCUCCUGUAGGUGAUAGAAAAGAAAAUUCUGAGAUUUUUACAUUUUCUUCUCCUAUUCACAUACCUUCUCUCAUCCACUCCUCCUCAUCCGUACUAGAAAACUCUCUUGAUCCCAAUUCGAUGACACCAACAUCAACACAAGAUCUCUCCGAUAUGUCAGCACAUAACAAACUCGGAGAGAGUAAUUCUACUGACCAAGUGUGGCCCAACUCGAUCGUAAAGAAUUCGAGCGUACAUGAAUUAUCACUUUUUCCACUCGAGAAAACACAAUCAUGUCCUACAAGACAACGUACAUCCUCUACUCGUUCAGACUACAUGAAAUUCAACCCAGGUCAGUCUACUCGGCGUCAUACGAUCACACCUGAUUUAGGUGACUUGGAUUCAGAAGAACAAGCAGCAUUGGAGGCUGAAAUCACAGCGAGAAGACAAGCACGUCGUGCUUCAAGAAGACAAAUGAGUUUUUCAGAAGAAGAAGACGAGGAUAGAGUCAUUAUUGGUAUUCGAGUAGCAGAAGGUCAUCGCAAUUACCAACUGAUGUACGAUAUGUUGACUGGAAUUCGGAUUGCUGUUGGCCGAGUUUCCGCUAAAAUACGCAAAGAUUUGGUAGACGAUGAUUUUACUGCAGCGCACAAGUUGGUGUUUGAUGUCACAGGAAAUGAACUUACACCUGGUGUAAAAUAUGACUUCAAGUUCAAAGACUAUGCUCCUUGGGUGUUUCGUUAUUUAAGAGAGCAAUUCCGUAUUGAUGCUGCUGAUUAUAUGAUGUCGCUUACAAACAAGUACAUCUUAUCAGAACUAGGUUCACCUGGUAAAAGUGGUAGUUUUUUUUACUAUUCAAAAGACUAUCGAUUUAUUAUCAAGACCAUUCAUCAUACGGAACAUAAAUUCAUGAGAAAAGUAUUAAAGCAAUAUUAUGAGCAUGUGUGUACCAACCCACAUACAUUACUAUGUCGAUUCUAUGGAUUACACCGUAUCAAAUUACCACACGGCAGAAAGAUUCAUUUUGUGGUGAUGGGCAAUGUCUUCCCCAGUAACAAAGAUGUACAUGAAACAUACGAUUUGAAAGGAUCCACAUUUGGCCGAGUCACACAAGAGGAGGAGAUUGCCAAGAAUCCUCAUGCUGUACUCAAAGAUCUAAACUGGGUAGACAGAGGCAGAAAAUUAGAGUUUGGUGCUUACAAGAGAAAUUUGCUGAUUGGACAAUUACAAAAGGAUGUUCAAUUGCUGGCCAAAUUGAACAUCAUGGACUAUAGUUUAUUGAUCGGUAUUCAUGACUAUAUCAGAGGAAAUAAAGAAGGCAUUCGUGAUAAUCGACUGCAAGUUGUUUCACCACAUACAAAAGGAAUCGAAAGAUCUCUUUCUACAAGAGGAAGGAGAGAAAGCAAAGCAGACAUUGUUAGAAAAGCAAUCAAAUUCACAAGUCCUGUCCAAUUGGAUUCUUCUCAAUUACCUGAACAAACUUCAGACGAACGCAAAUAUUGUGUGUUUUAUUCUGAAGAUGGUGGAUUUCGAUCUACUGACGAAUUAGAUCAUCCUACAGACAAAGUAUACUUUCUAGGUCUGAUUGAUAUCUUGACACCCUAUAAUUUCUUGAAAAAGACAGAAAAUUUCUUUAAAAGUUUUACACAGAGCAAGGAUACCAUCUCAGCUAUUAACCCACAAGCGUAUGGCAAACGGUUUAUUCGAUUUAUGGAAGACACUGUUACCAUCAACUACAAGAAAAAUCAAUAAUGCCAAGCCUACGUGUCUAUAUACCCUAAUUUUAAUUGAAUCUUUUUUGGUUUAUGUAACAAAGAUAAAGCGCCACAACUUUGAACAUUCUUUUUUUUCUAUUGGUCGUUGUUAUUAGGUACAUUUUGUGUAUAAAUACUA